AGAGUCAUGGGUCAGAUACCAGAUUUCGAACUCUAAUCGAAUCAUUAUAUCUCACAGAUAUUAGAAGUACUUGCAAUCAUUGCUGAAUUGCAUGAACGAGAAGCGUCCUUGCCUUGCAGUUUCCUGAAAAGAAAUCAUGCUCUCUUAUACUUAGAUAACUAAGGCCUUUCUUCCUUGAUACUGAAUAGUUUCAACAUGCCGCGAAAGGUCAGAGUCCCCGCAGACCCGGCGCAGAACCGCGAGAACCAACAGCGCUCGCGGGCGCGGCGCAAGGCGUACGUCGCGCGCCUCGAGGAGAAAGUGCGCGAUUACGAGAGCAGGGAGAUGAGGGCCACGCUCGAGAUGCAGGCUGUCGCGCGCGAGGUCGCGUGGACGAACGAGCGGUUAAGGGAAUUGCUUCGUAUGAAGGGGGUGGGGAGAGAGGAGGUCGAUGGGUUCUUGAGAGGGUGUAGGGAGGAGGGAGAUGAGGGUGCUGUGUGUAUGGUUUCCCGAGAGGAAGCUGGGAGGGAUAAUUCUUCAGGAGAAGAAGAAGAAGAAGGAAAGAAAGCGGUUCGCGAUAUUGUGAGAGAAGAGGGGUUGGCCACCGUCGACGAUGCGGAGCGCGCGCUCAGCACGUCGUGCGAGGCUGCCGCGAGCAUUAUCGCGGGAUUCCAGGGCCACGGCGAUGUGUCCCGUGUGAAAGAGGCGCUUUGCGGGGACGGAGAAGAUGUUGCGAGGUGUCAUGUUAAGAAUACGCGGUUAUUUCAGUUGAUGGAAUGAAGAUUGAGUUAAUUAUACGGAGCUUCGUUCCUGAGAGCGGGUUUGCUCUCUGUUUUCAUGGUGUUAGUACAUGAGAGAGAAGGCGGCUAUAUACAUAUGUAGUCUAUACAGGGUGCGCUCGUUCGUGACCUUAAAGGCACAUUUCACAGUAAAUAUCUAAAUUACAAUCGCACGAGAAGUCAC